UUUCAGCGCUCAGAUGUUGGAAAAGGCAGCGGACAAACACAACUUGCGGAGGUUUUACCAUUUGAUGCUUCUGGACUUUUCCCGGCUCUCCUGAUCAUUUUUCUGAAUUUUAACCCGGAAUAAAAUUUUUUUUACUCUCGCUGCAUUAAGUGAACGAUGCUGCAGUGAGAGAGCGGAGCGGUUUAUUCUCAUGUAAAAAAAAAAAAAAGUGCUGCAAGCUGAGGAUUUGUGUUUUGUCGUUUUUCUGUUGUGGGGGAAAGAAAACCUCAGACCUGGUCGGUUCCUGCUCAUUAAGGACAACAUGCCGCAGACACCACCUUUCAAGGGGCAGCUGAACACCGGUGGCUACAACAACAAUUUGUACGACGAGUCCAAGGAGGAAGUCUACCCUGGCCUUUAUUAUCAUGACAACAACCUGGCGUCUGGCUCCCUGGAGGCCCUCAUUCACCACCUGGUGCCAACUGUGGACUAUUAUCCAGACAGGACGUAUGUCUUUACCUUCCUGCUCAGUUCUCGCCUCUUCAUCCACCCGUAUGAACUUAUGUCCAAAGUGUGCCACCUGUGCAUGGAGCAGCAGCGACUUAGUGAUCCUCAAGCGGAUAAGUUGAGACUCCGAAAGAUCACUCCAAAGAUUCUGCAGCUGCUGACGGAAUGGACGGAAACGUUUCCCUAUGACUUCAGGGAUGAGCGGAUGAUGCGCAGCCUGAAGGAGCUGACCCACCGGCUCGCCAGCGGAGACGAGGUGUACAAGAAGGCGGUGGGGCAGAUGAGCCAGGGUCUGAUCAGGAGGUUGACGGUGCUCAGCCAGUACGAGGAGGCGCUGGUGAAGGUCAACGCCACGGCGGCAGAGCGACUGACGGCUCUGAAGGCCAAACCCCAGGCAGCGACCCAAAGAGACUUGCUCUCCAUUUGCAACGACCCCUUCACUGUCGCCCAGCAGCUCACACACAUAGAGCUGGAGAGACUGAGUUACAUCGGACCUGAAGAGUUUGUUCAGGCUUUCGUCCAUAAAGACCCUCUGGACAAUGACAAGAGCUGCUUCAGUGAUCGCAAGAAGGCCAGCAACCUGGAAGCCUACGUCGACUGGUUCAACAGACUGAGUUAUCUGGUCGCCACAGAGAUUUGUUUGCCUGUGAAGAAGAAGCACCGAGCUCGAGUCAUCGAGUUCUUCAUUGACGUGGCACGUGAAUGCUUCAACAUCGGCAACUUUAACUCCCUCAUGGCCAUCAUAUCUGGGAUGAACAUGAGCCCCGUGUCCCGGCUGAAGAAAACCUGGAGUAAAGUCAAAACGGCCAAGUUUGACAUCUUAGAGCAUCAAAUGGAUCCAUCAAGCAACUUCUACAACUACAGAACAGCGCUGAGAGGCGCCACGCAGAGGUCCAUCACAGCCAACAACAGCAGAGAGAAGAUCGUCAUCCCGUUCUUCAGCCUGUUCAUUAAAGACAUCUACUUUCUCAACGAGGGAUGCGCCAGCCGGCUGCAGAACGGCCUCAUCAAUUUUGAGAAAUUCUGGGAACUCGCCAAACAAGUGAGUGAGUUCAUGACCUGGAAGCAAGUGGAGUGUCCGUUUGAGAAGGACCGCAAGAUCCUGCAGUACCUGCUGACCGCGCCUGUGUUUACUGAAGAUGCUCUGUGUCUGGCAUCGUACGAGAGCGAAGGUCCUGAGAACAACAUGGAGAAGGACAGAUGGAAGUCUCUGAGAUCCACUCUGCUGAGCAGAGUUUAAAGCUGAAGGAAGACAAACCCAACAGGCGGGACGCGCCCUGUCCACUCUGCUGUUGUCCAAGCAAAGUAUCCCAAUCUCUGAAGGGAAACGACAAUCUCUCCUCAGACUGUGGAGGACUUUGAAUGUUCCCCUCCCCAGCACUGAGCUGUGCUUAUGACCCUGCGUCCUCCAUGCUGUAUAUUUGAAGACAGCUGUUUUUCAUCUCUUUGUAUGACUUUAUAGUCGUUUUGUUAAAUAUACACUACAGACCUUCAGGGUGAAAAAGAAGGUUGAUCUUUCUGUGUGCAGGUGUUGGGGCUUGUUGCGCCCCCUGCUGUUUUAAUACUUUUAAUAUUGCGUUAGCUGCUGGUCAGCUAGCAACACAGAUAUGCUACACACCUUCUGGUUCCUGAUGCCAGCAUUCUCUGAACAGAGAAGCCAAACCUUAAUGCUGUAGUUCACUAAGACAGCAUUUUGUCCAGUUGUCCAGUCCAACUUUCCCACAUCCCAUAACUUUUGAUUAGUGACUCUAACAGUGGUUGUGUUUCCAUUCAAAUGUGCGCAAAACGUAAUAUUAAUAUUAUGCUGAUGUUGAAAUAAAAAUUCGCAAGUUUCUAUUAAAUAAGAAACGCAAUUAAAAUCCCACAUGAAUAAGCUUGUUCACAGGACGUCAUAAAAAAAAACAAAAAAAAACAUGAUCCUCCAACUACUUCCUGUUGUUUUCAUCUUCUUCUUAUGCCAGUGGCAACAUCCGGUUGUUCGUGUGACUCGUGCAACCCGAAGUCACAUGAUCAAUGUGACAAAAACCCCCCCUAAUUUUAGCGCCAAAACUCUAUCAAUACAUAUAUAUAUUUAUUUGUCGUGUUUCCCUUAAGCUAAUUAAUUUUCAACAUGUCGAAUUGCGCAAUCCUACGAUAAAUGGAAACGCAGCUACUCUGGUUGUGAUGUGUGUUAAAAAGAAAUGCAACGGCUGUAUUUAAAAAAGACGCGUCUGUUAUUUGUUUUUGUAGAUGAGAACUUUUCAAAGUAGGAAGCAACACUUAUUUAAAUCCUGGCUGAAUGGUUGAGUGGGUAAAUAUAUUUAGAGGACGGCUGUUCAAACGGGGCCUUCUGCUGCUGAGGUUUCGUGCUGCCCCCUGGUGGCCGGUGCAGAAAAAUGAAUUUGUUUUGCGUGUUUGAAAAUGUGUUUCAUAUUUGUUUUAUUUAUAAAUGUCACGUUAUGUUUUCACCUUAUUUAAUUUUGUACUAGCUACAUAACAUCCUUCAGCAUGUCUAACUCUCAGAUGUUUGUUUGAUAUUUUUAUGAAAAACGUAUUUUUUUCAAGGUACCUGAUCAGAGGAUGAAGUUAAAUGUGUUUUUUGACUGAUGUCUGCGUUGCCUUGACUGUUUCCACACAGAGUCAUGUUUUAGUUAUUUGUGUCACUUUCUCACUCCCUCCCUGUGUCAAUGAUCCAUUUGUACUUGUGCCACUGAAGCAGAAUAGAGAACCAGUUUAUAACUGAUUUAGUUGUGUUCAAAAGAGAAAGUUAAUAAAUUGUUUUGACUCAUCAAAAGA